GUCUCCUGCGCGCGCAGCAUUCUGUGGACCCGGAAGCAGAUCGCGUGGAGGGAGUGUGGCGUGGCUGCGCGAUUGACUGCUAACGACUCAUGUUGGGUGAGGAAGAAGCCUGGAAGCGGGGCAGGAGGAAAGGAAAGGAGUCAGGAAUGGCUCUGGCUCAGGGACGGUUGACAUUCAGGGAUGUGGCCAUAGAAUUCUCUCAGGAGGAAUGGAUGUGCCUGGACCUUGCUCAGAGGACUUUAUACAGGGACGUGAUGUUGGAGAACUAUAGGAACCUGGUCUCCCUGGGUCUGUCUUCUAUAUGUAUGAUAAGUGAAUUGCCACCUAAAGAGAACAGUAAUACAGGAGAAAUAUCCCAAACAGGGAUGUUGGAAAGGCACAAAAGCAAUGACAUGGAAGAUUUUUGGUUUAGGCAAAUCCAGAAAAAUAUACCAAAUUUUCAGUAUCAGUGUCAAGUUGCUGAAAGACAUUACGAAGGAAUCCAUAAUACCCAUGAGGAAAAUCUCAAUGGUAGAAGAGAUCAGCAUGAUAGAAGAAAUGUAGGAAAUACGCUUAUUAAAAAUGAGCUUGGAUUAAACUUUCAGUCACAUCUACCAGAACUGCAGCUAUUUAAGAAUGAAGACAAAAUUUAUGAAUGGAAUCACAUGGAGAACUAUGUCAACAAUUUCUUGGUUUCCCCACUGGACAGAAUUCCUUCUACUAUCAAACCCCACAUAUCUCAUGAAGAUGAGUAUGAUUUUAUGGAUUCAUUAUUUACACAGAAACAGAAAGCACACAUAGAGACAGAACAUUAUAAAUGUAAUGAGUGUGGCAAGACCUUUAAUCAAGGUUUACAUUUCACUGUACAUCAAAUAAUCCAUGCAGAAGAUAAACGAUUUGAAUGUGAUAUAUGUGCCAAGGUCUUUAAUAAAAAAUCAUGCCUUGUGAGUCAUCAGAGAAUACAUACUGAAGAGAUACCUUACAAGUGUAAAGAAUGUGGCAAGGUCUUCAAUAAUAUUUCGCAUCUUGCACAACAUCGGAGAAUGCACACUGGAGAGAAACCUUACAAAUGUAAUGAAUGUGGAAAGGUCUUCAAUGAAGUUUCACACCUUGCCCAACAUCAGAGAAUUCACACUGGAGAGAAACCUUACAAGUGUAAUGAAUGUGGAAAGGCAUUCCAUCAAAUUUCACAGCUUGAAAAACAUCAGACAAUUCAUACUAGAGAGAAGCCUUACAAAUGUAAUGAAUGUGGUAAAGUGUUCAGUCGAAAUUCAUACCUAGUACAACAUCGGACAAUCCACACAGGAGAGAAACCUUACAAAUGUAAUGAAUGUGGGAAGCUGUUCCAUUAUAAGUCAUCCCUAGCAAGUCAUUGGACAAUUCAUACCGGAGAGAAACCUUACAAAUGUAAUGAAUGUGGGAAGGUCUUUAAACAUAUUUCACACCUUGCACAACAUCGGAGAGUUCAUACUGGAGAGAAACCUUACAAAUGUAAUGAAUGUGGCAAGCUGUUCAGUCGAAAUUCACACCUUGUAAAUCAUCAAAGAAUCCAUACUGGAGAGAAACCUUACAAAUGUAAUGAAUGUGGCAAGGUGUUCAGUCAAAAUUCACAGCUUGUAAAUCAUCAAAGAAUCCAUACUGGAGAGAAACCUUACAAAUGUAAUGAAUGUGGCAAAGUCUUCAGUCAAAAUUCAUAUCUUGUAUAUCAUCGCGGAAUUCAUACUGGAGAGAAACCUUACAAAUGUCAUGAAUGUGGGAAGGUCUUUAAUCAUAUUGCACACCUUGCACGACAUCGGAGAAUUCAUACUGGAGAGAAACCUUACAAAUGUAAUGAAUGUGGCAAGGUGUUCAGUUAUAAGUCAUCCCUAGGAAACCAUUGGAGAAUUCAUACUGGAGAGAAACCUUACAAAUGUAAUGAUUGUGGUAAGGUCUUCAGUCGCAAUUCAUACCUUGUGCAACAUCUAAGAAUUCAUACUGGUGAGAAACCUUAUAAAUGUAAUGAGUGUGGCAAGGUGUUCAGUCAAAAUUCACACCUUGUAAAUCAUCAAAGAAUCCAUACUGGAGAGAAACCUUACAAAUGUAAUGAAUGUGGCAAGGUCUUUAAUCAUAUUUCACACCUUGUAAAUCAUCAAAGAAUCCAUACUGGAGAGAAACCUUACAAAUGUAAUGAAUGUGGCAAAGUCUUCAGUCAAAAUUCAUAUCUUGUAUAUCAUCGCAGAAGUCAUACUGGAGAGAAACCUUAUGAAUGUCAUGAGUGUGGAAAGGUCUUCAGUCUAAACUCCUUCUUGGCAAGUCAUCGGAGAGUUCAUACUGGAGAGAAACCUUACAAGUGUAUCAAGUGUAGCAAAACCUUUAGUGUGCGUUCAAGCCUUACUAACCAUCAUAGAAUCCAUACUGGAGAAACCUUUUAAGUGUCAUGAAAUGAGUGUGGCAAGGGUUUCAGUGGGAAUUCAUAUGUUGCACAUCAUCAGAGAUUUCAUCCUGUGGAGAAAUUUUAUUGUGGCAAUGUA